UUGAUGCACAAGACUCCAACAAGUAAAAACUCAAAAACAUAAUUCUGUUUCAAGACAUUAGCGAUCACCCCCAUUCAUAUGCCACCACAACCCUCUCUGUAAAUCAUCAACCCCCUUUCAAUUCAUCAAUUAUCGCCACUCAUUCCUAUUAACUUUCACUCAUUAUUCUCACACAUUAUUCUUCCUUCAAUAUUACAAUUCAAUCCUUCAAUUUAGGGUUCAUUCAAGAAACACAAUAUGAGUUUUCAAGACAUCGAAGCGGGUCGCCCGAUUAAUUCUCGACGCAAGGGGUAUACGGGGGCUACGAAGCAGCAGCAAGACCCGACCCAAGCUAUUGCUUCUGGAAUCUUCCAGAUCAAUACUGCUAUCAAUACGUUUCAGAGGCUUGUUAACACCCUUGGUACACCUAAAGAUACUCCUGAGCUUCGAGAAAAACUGCACAAAACAAGACUACAUAUUGGACAGUUGGUGAAAGAUACAUCUGAUAAACUCAAGAAAGCUAGCGAAAUAGAUCAUCGUGCUGAAGUUAGUGCUAGUAGAAAGAUUACAGAUGCGAAACUCGCAAAAGAUUUUCAAGCAGUUUUAAAAGAAUUCCAGAAAGCACAACGGCUAUCAGCCGAAAGGGAGACCGCUUACUCUCCUUCUGUUCCUCAAGCUAUACAUUCAUCACGUAAUGAAGCCAGUGAAACGGAUGCCAGCUCAGGUAGAAGUCCCGAACAGCAAGCCCUUCUAUUCGAAUCUAGAAGACAAGAAGUGUUACUGUUGGACAACGAGAUCGCAUUUAACGAGGCUAUUAUUGAAGAAAGAGAUCAGGGAAUACAAGAAAUUCAAAACCAAAUCGGCGAGGUAAACGAAAUAUUCAAAGAUCUUGCCGUUUUGGUUCAUGAGCAAGGAACAAUGAUCGACGAUAUUGGCUCGAAUAUUGAGAACUCUCAUGCUGCAACUACACAGGGUAAAUCCCACCUUGCGAAAGCAUCAAAGGCUCAACGAUCAAACUCCUCCAUGACUUGCUUGCUUUUGGUUAUUGUGGGGAUUGUGCUUCUCAUUGUGGUCAUAAUACUUGUGGUUUGACCUUCCACAUUCGUUUAUCCGGUGUCAAGUAUUUAUCGUUUGUUAUGCGUAUAGGGGUUCUUUCUGCCAAAAUUGUUUUUAAUAUAUAUAUAUAUAUAGGGUAAGGUUCAUGCG